AUUGUAUCACAGAUGGCUUGAUAUUAUUGAAGAGUGCUGUAGGCUCCUAAGGGAAAAUUGGAAAAUGAAUUUGUUCUAGCUGAUUGCUAUUGUUUCCGUAAUACAUUGGUCCGACAGCAUGUUUUGAGCCAAUAAAGGUGGGAGAGUAUAGCGAAAAAUCAAUACUGGUGUCAUAAUCUGUGGAUAGGGCUUUGAGAAGUAGGAUUUCUUUACUGAACUUUUGAUAUAGUUUUUGUCUGUUUGAAGCAUAUUGUUUGCGUAUGUUGGCGUGAUUAAGAACCACUCUCGACCGAUCGAAAAGACCAGUGUAUACGUUCAAUCAUGAUCGCUAACGAAGGAUAGUACAACUUGCAAAGUCAAUUUUAUCAGGGUAUGCAGAGUAUGUACAAAGAAGUCUAAUGGCGAGCUCAGCGUUGACUCAGGAGAUGGUCGUUUUUUACAUGUUGUGUGCGGUCUAACGAGAGUUAGUGCUACUUCGCAACGCACCUUUACUUCGUUUGUGGCUCUCGUUUUCACGUAUGGAUAUGAUGUACCUGAUGUGUUAACUAAAGCUAAGACUUGCUGUGGCGAGCCUGUCGCAUAUUGUAUCUGUGUCCGUCGAGAGCCUGUUCAGCUAAUGUAGAGAUUGAUGGUACAAGAAUCGAAUAAUCAUGAAAGCGGACAACGAGUUGAAGCGAUGUACCUAGCGAUGACUGCAACAGAUUUGAUGAUUGCAUCCCGUACAUCAACAACGUGUUGCGCAGCAGGCACAAUUAAAUUUUUACAUAAUCUACGACAUGGUGAGCCAUGGCAUUACUUACUUACUGGUUCGUUUGGACGGGUAGUCAAGAAUGCUCCAUGUUGGAAAAAUUAAGCUUAAAGGUUUGUAGAUAUUUACAAACUUUCAUCCCUCAUGUAAAAUAAUUUUUUGGAUCGAUCAGGGCGUAAUUGUAGCCUCUUGUGUUAUAGCUGGACGUAAUACGUUUGUUAUUUUUGCUGUACAAACAUUGUAUAUGGCAGCGAUAAGAAUGCAAAGCAGAGGAUUGUCUCGAGAUUGCGACUAAAUACGGUACUGCCAUACCAAGCGUUGCGGCAUAUCGUAAAAUUCUGUUUGCGGCAAUGAGCACCGGUGGUAGCGUAUUGAACGCACUAUGUCUACGACGAGCAUCAACUGAUGUAUAUAGAUUUCAUAUCACGCAGGAUAGGAUUUAUGUUAAUGAACAUGAUUGGAUUGUUCUUUUGCAUACGGGCGCAAUCGUCAUCGGACAGGCCGACGGACUUAUUGGCGGAUACAAGGAGUUAUCAUACUUCGUCGCUUUGAACGUACUGUACGAUGGCAUCUUUUGAUGAGCGCGACCUGUAGCGCAUAAUAAACUUUUAGAAUAUAUAUUUUUGUAGACCGAGAAUGUCAGAACCAUCACAUUAAACAAGUUAUCAGUCUUCCAG